AUGAGUGGAAAAGAUACUAUGAUCGAUUACUACGAAAUUCUUGGAGUAGAGAAAAAUGCCACGGAACAACAAAUCAAGAAUAGCUACCGGAAGUUGGCGCUCAAAUUUCACCCAGACCGUAAUCCCGGUGACCAGAAAGCUGCCGAACAAUUUAAAAAAAUCUCCAUAGCGUAUGCAGUAUUGUCGGAUCCAAACAAAAGGCGACAAUAUGAUUUGAGUGGUCAUUCCGGUGCUCUUGUUGAUUUUGAAGGGAUAGAUAUCAGUGAGAUGGGUGGCAUUGGGCGAGUUUUUGGCGCAUUAUUUUCAAAAUUAGGGGUACCAAUACCCACUCAAAUUGGACCAAAAGUCCUGUCUCAGGCUCGCAGCUUGUGUGAGGGGACGCCAACCGAUGCAAAAUAUACUGUUUUAAAGGAAGGUGUACCAUAUGAUGGCUCAGUUGGCAAACAAGAGGCUGAUUUUUUCAAGAUAACAAUGCAAUCACAAUGGGGAAAAAAUGGAUUAAUGAUUAUCUGUCGGUCUAUGCAAAUGAGCAAAUUCAAAUUAGUGCUUUUCGACAAAGAAGGUGGUGUUCGGAUAAUUCAGGAAAGCAACAAGCGAAAAAGUUCUACAGUGGCUGAAAUCUUCUUUGUACCAUUCAAUCGAGCCAAUUUAAGUGAAUUUAUUCCGAUGAAAUUUUACAUGGAAGAUAAAGAAACACCGUUGACAUUUCAUUUACUUGAUACUUUGGAGAUCGUAGGAGCUCAUACACUCGAGCAACGUGAUCAUUUCUUGUGUGUAUAUGGCGAUAAUUGGAUUAAAGAUGUCCGUUAUCAGUUGAAAUUUAUACCACUUAAUGAUUCACCCAUAUCAACUGAAUGUGUACGUGAUUUGACGACUACGGAAGAAGCGUUGAUUAAAAAAAAGAGUGAAAUGUCCAAAUUCCAAAUAGAAUAUACUGAAGCGGUUAAGAAGUAUAAAGAAGUGGUCGAGAGACUUAAGAACGAAACCGAAGAAAUCAAUUCUCUUCUGAAGAAACGAGAUUUUGUAUACGAUGCACUUGAAAAGGAAAGUAUGGCACGGUUCCUUGCUUCAAAACAUCUGUCUCCAACGCAUUCAAACAAAGGAUUAUUCUCCUCAUGGUUUUAA